AUGGAAGCCUUACUCUCCCUCUCCUUCGAUAAUAUCUCCUCCUACGACCAGGCCAAGAUCCGCAAGGGACUCCGCCAGGUUGAAGGCCUCCUCGCGCAAAUAUGCCUAUCGCCUUCGCCCAAGACUGCCCUAGAUAGGCGCCGCAGCACUAUUGAUCCGGGCAAAGAACCGCCGCCACGAAAAGCGCUCGACGAGUUGGGAAACGACCCUGCGUUCAGGGAGUUCUUCAAACUGCAGGAUGGUUUUGAGUGGAAUGUUGCGAUGCGAUUGGUCAAUUGCUUGGAUAGGCUGCUGGGGAAGACGAAUGACGGCCAGAAUGACUUGUUGAUUAUCCAAACACUGGACUUGAUUCAAGGCAUAUUGCUAUUACAUCCACCGUCCCGGAGCUUGUUCUCGAGAGAACUAUACAUGAAUCACCUCCUCGAUCUCCUCGAACCAGUCAACUGCCCUGCAAUUCAAUCUGCGACAAUAAUAACACUCGUCUGCGCUCUCAUCGACGCUCCUCAGAAUACCCGUACAUUCGAGGCCCUCGAUGGUCUUCUGACCAUCACAUCGCUCUUCAGGUCGCGCGAAACAGCUAGAGAUGUGAAGUUAAAGCUGGUGGAAUUCCUCUACUUCUACCUAAUGCCUGAGACGCCAUCCAUACCAUCCGCCAACGCGACGGAAGCCGUACCAGCGCUAAUACAGCGCAGUCCGAGUAAAUUGGCCGGGGCCUUCAACCGAAUAGAUCCUGGCGCUGGUAGAAAGAGGGCUGACAGUGAGAGCGAGACGACCAGGACAACAGAGGAGAAGCAGGCCCUUUUGGGGAGGCACUUACAUAGUGUGGAUGAUUUGGUGGCCGAUCUGAGGGAGAGUGCACCGUUUGGAGGCGCUGUUUGUUGA